UAUCAAUCAGCUGUUUUUUUUACAAGACUUCAUGCAUUGCAUGCAAUUUUCGGGAUACACCCAGAAAGAUAGGAUCCUACUGUACAUGGGAACUAGCAAGAAAUUUGAGGAGAUUGUGAAUAAAGAUGCCAGUAGAACACAACCUAGGUACCAUAAUAAGCAAUGGAAUAAAACACAAAGAAUUUAUGAUAAAUUGAACAAAAAGAACAUGCGGUACAAUGCUGACAAGUUUCAAGGGAUGAUGUUUGUAGAAGCCACACCACAUGGGGAACUAACCUGCAGAUUUAGAAAAAUCCUGAAGGAUAUUAAGUUGAACAUAAAAGUCAUAGAAAAAUUAGGGAGAUCUAUCAGGUCAGUAAUAUGCAAAACAUACCCCUUCAGAAAUACCAUGUGUGUAGAGGAGAAUUGUGUAGUGUGGCCUGAGGAAGCCACAAUCUUCACCUUCUCUCACAAUCUUCCCAGAAACAGUGGACAGUUAAAGAAACAAGAAAUUGCUAAAUUACAUGACUUCCUUUUGUCAGCAAUUCUUCAAAACUUCAUCACUGAGGUAUUUGUGUUUAUCAACACGAUAUCACUGAUAUUUCAAUACUUUGAUAAAAGGUUUACUGUUUAUAUUUUUCUAAAAAUUUCAAUAUUUGUUUAGAAAACAAUAUAUUUUUUUCAAUGAUC